CUCAAAACGCCGCGUUUUGGCGAAGGGACUUAACAGACCAGACGGCUUUUUUUGGUCUCUAGAAGGUGUAUUGAUUGAAUUGGCGAAACUUGGAGGCCAGAGCAGAGCGGAGAGGGACGUCCAAGCUCCGCUAUAUUUAAGUGGAACGGUGAAAUGGGUCCUCGACUGUGUCAAGUCUGCAAGGAAGCACAGUCCAAGUACAAGUGUCCCUCAUGUCUGGCACCUUACUGUUCACUGGCCUGUUUCAAGAAGCAUAAAGAAAUCCCAUGUGCUAAGCCAGUACCUUCUGAGGAAAAACCAAAUCUGAUUCCAGAGUCAAAUGUAGAGAGACCAUUAAAUGUUGAAGAACCAGGCGAUGUGCUGCAAAAGUUGCAAUUGGAGGCUAUAGCUUCUUCCAGCGAAAUUCAUGAUGCUUUGAAGGAUGAAAACCUGCAGAAAAUCAUCUGCAAUAUUGAUAGUUCCCCAGAUGUACAGAAUGAACUUGAGAAAGCUAUGGGAGUGGAGGUGUUUCGCAUAUUCACCGACAAGAUUCUAUCUAAUAUCAACCCGUAACUGCAACCAGUCGUUGCUCGAGGAAGAAGACAACAUUUGGUUCAGGAAGUUAAAUAUACCCACAAAAUCAGCUCUUUUAAUCUGGCUGGCAGCUCUCAUCACUUGCAUCUCCACCGGGGCGCUUCACACAAGUUUGUCUCUGGGAGUUCUUUGAUGUGAUACAUAUUUUGAUUGCCCUUCAAUUUUGAGCCUGUUUAAGAAUUUCAUUUUAAAUUCCAAUGCUUAAUGUACAGACAAUUUCAGUGGUAAAUUUUUUGUGGGGUUAUCUGUAA